UCUUUCUAGGCUGUCUUCCAGUGCGAUAGAGAAGCUGGCAGUGAACGGAUUCAUCCGGCAAAUGUGGCCAUACUACUAGCUCUGGCUAGUCCUUGCUUCAUGAGGUACAUACUUCUUCCGGUCUGCUCUGUUGCCGAGCUUUCAUUCUCGGACACCUACAUUCCCAACAGGCUAGGGCAAAUACAUGAAGUCGGAAUGAUUCCCAAACCUGGAUUGAAUGCUCCGCCAAAGUCAACCUAAACAAUUAAUUGAAGGAAGUGUCGCCCGGCAUCGAUUUCACGUGUUGGUUGCCCAACCCGAUAAGUAGUUUUUGAAUGAUUCGCGUUAGCCAGGAGUUAGAGAUGUACUUUAUAUUUCAAUAAUUAGACAACAGCCGUCAGUCAAAAUACUGAUAUCCCCCUCGUUCACUUAAGUGGUAAGAAAUGCUUUAGGUGAACAUGCAUGCAGCAAUAAUUAUGUAUUAUUCAAUUGUUAUUGAUUCCUACUCCGUACUUGACUAUGAGAUAGAGGAAGGAUCUGAUAAUUGCUUAUAUAAGCUAAUUCCUAAUUCUAAGACAUAGAUUUCAUUAUGCGGGGCGUAGCGAAAGCAUUCAACCUUCUAGGACUAAGCCUAAGGCCUAUGGUCCCUCAAAAAAGAGAGAUCAAUCGCUAUCAAUGCCAGGAGGCAGAUCAAGAUUCAUGGGAACGAGAACCUUUUUACCUAAGUAGGAAGAAUCCAUUAGGGCUGCGAACUCUUCCAAUAUGUGCGAGCAAAUGUGCAUGAUCGAGUUGGAAAAACCAGGGCAUCAUCUAUCUAUCUAUCAAACUUUUAAUACGUCUCUUCGAGAAGCAAAGAAACUAGUAUAUACUAGACUCGGUGCCAAGGGAGAAAAGCUUAGAGAUAGAAUGCUCAUCCGUCCAUUUCUUAUUUCCUGAGGUUCACCUAUGUUCUUUUCUUGUGCUUUGUCAAAUCAAGUAGGCGCGUAUGAAACACAAAUCCAGAGGCGGAUAUCUAUUGACGAUAUAGCGUAUGAAAGAGAUUUUUAUGCAAUUCCAUCGGUGCUAGCUCUGUUUUCAGCAUUUGCCUGAACAGGCGCAUUUGCUGCUUCAGUUAAUUCCUUUUAAAGGUGGAUAUUCCGGUUCAUUCCUUUGGGACUGCUCAUUUCUUUGCCUUAUCAUUUGCCGACAUGCGGACUCACUUCUCUUUUAUGGGAUGAAAGCCCUUAUCCCAGUCCUCACCAACACCAAAACAAAAAGUGAAAGAAGACCCCGUACACACUCUUCUUUCCCGCAGCCUAGGGAGGCUGCGGCCUCGCCUUCUUUCUGUAAAAGAAAAGAAAAAAAAGAGUCAAAUCGCACCAUCUCUAUAAUAAGUAAAUGCCCUUUUUUCCCCGGAGGUUGUCGGAAUUAUUUGCAAAAAAAGAAAAUAUUGGCUACAAUCGAGGAGGUCUUAUCAAUGAAAUUUCCAUUUCUACGGGAUCUAGGCAUAAUUCCCAACCCACUGACACAAGGAUUUUCAGUCCUUUGCUCCAACCAACUGAACUAUCUGAACAAAAAACGAACGAAGUUUUCAGCAUAUAGCGUCUACCUCUUCAUUGGAUCACCUUGGUACCGCUACUGUCUUCCAAAAGAAAAGCAAGAUCUGUCUAUCUACGAAAAUCUUCGAUGCAGCACCAAUUGCUCCGCGCCUGGGAAGGCUUGUCUCGUGUGGUGGCGCUUACUACUUAACAAUACAACUCGUUUAAGUCAGUCCGUCCUUCCGGUUCUUUCUCUAGAAAACUCGCUCGGCCAUCCCUUUGAUUGAGCGUAGGGUAUGGAUGGCUUUAUUGGAAAUAUUCUGUUCUAGCUCAGGGGCUUCAUAGCUGAUACUCUUUUUUAGCUAUAGGAAAACUUCUUUUUUGAAUAGGCCCUCUCUUUUUCAAUAGAAAAGUUCUAAGAGUGGCCUGCCCUCAACUCAAAGUGGUAGGAUUGAACCAGGCAGUCUUGUAUUCAAAUUGGUGGUGAGGGGAUUCACAGGUCUAGCCAGGGCAAGGUGUCAGAAAUAGCCAAGCACGAGAUAGCUGAUAUGCGUUUUUCACAAAAGCACCGGUCAGUUACUAGGUAAGAUAAGUAAUAGGCUUGGUCAAGUGUCAUGGAAUAGAACUAGUUGCCAAGGUAGCUGGGUUUAAGAAACACGAGAUACUUUUUCUAUAAAUAUGGACGAAUGGAAGUUUAACUCCUAAAGAAGCGCUUUAUGAAGCUUCUCGUAAUUUGAUUGAUUUAUUUCUUCCUCUGCGUGUAGACUGACGGAGUAGAAGGUUCGGUUCGCUAUUUGCUACUGUCUAAUCUAGUGCGCUUGCUUACUUUCUUGGAAUUCUACUCUAGUGCGCUGAGCUGCUUCUCCUUCCAAUUCCGCUCGCCCCGGUCCUUGAUCGAAGGUCUGGUAUCCGCACCGACGCGACUACUAAUUCAAAGGCAUGCUCUACCUCGCACCUGACCAGCAAAAUGACGUAUAGUAACGUCAUAGCUGUGACCCGAACCACAGUGCUCAUCAAAGAUGGUAGUGCCUUCUGCAUUGCGCUAAAUGAUAAAGCCUAUUUAUUCCUAUGUCUUUCUUGUUAAAAAACCACCUGCGAUUUCAGAUAAGUCUUUCUGCUUAGAGCAAGAAGCGGAACUAAGGUGACACCUAGAAAAAUGAAGGAAGUCAUUUCUUAUUUUUUUCAUAAGAAUACCGACCUAGCUUCAAUUGCUUCAGUUGGAGCUGCUGUCGGUAUUGGGAUCCUAUUCGUUUUCGCACUCCACAGAUGGAGUGUUCCUUCACUCGCCCAGGAACCCAUUCCCCGUCGCGUCUGGGAAUAUGGCGAAGAGCUCGGCUUCUUCCAAAUGAGAAUGUCGACUCCUCGAAUGCCAAUCGAUAUCUCGAGGAAAUUGCGCAUGUCCUCGAAUUUCGAUUUUUUGAUCAACAAGCCAUUGAAUCACUUCCAGGGGGGGGGCACUCCUGGGUGGAGCUUGCGAGGACUGUAAUUUCAAGGACGAUCAGUCCGGAUUUGACCGAUAUCGACAUUCUCGCCUACGCCUAUUGCAUAUUAAUGGAGAAGGGGCAAUCCAAUGAGAUAAUGACAGAAGCCCUUAAAAUCCAGCUGCUAUGGCUGCAAGGGUUAUCCAUUUCAUAGGCGAGGGUGGGGGAGAAGCAAGCCGAACCUCUGAUCGACCCGGACACGUCCAAAAUUCUCGGCGUCGAGAGAAAGACGAGAUUCAGUAAGUAAUUCAGUGAGUGCUUUCUUUUAUAAGAAGAGCGUCGGCUUGGAAGAAGAAAAUGAAAUACGAACAACCGCGCUGGUCGUAAUAGAUCGACUUGAAUGCGUCUUCUUGCUCCAGCAUUCAAGUUCCAUUUCAAGGAAGGACGACGUACCAUGAUACUUUCUGUUUUGUCGAGCCCUGCUUUGGUCUCUGGUUUGAUGGUUGUACGUGCUAAAAAUCCGGUACAUUCCGUUUUGUUUCCCAUCCUAGUCUUUUGCGACACUUCUGGUUUACUUAUUUUGUUAGGUCUCGACUUCUCCGCUAUGAUCUUCCCAGUAGUUCAUAUAGGAGCUAUUGCCGUUUCAUUCCUAUUCGUGGUUAUGAUGUUCAAUAUUCAAAUAGCGGAGAUUCACGAAGAAGUAUUGCGCUAUUUACCAGUGAGUGGUAUUAUUGGACUGAUCUUUUGGUGGGAAAUGUUCUUCAUUUUAGAUAAUGAAACCAUUCCAUUACUACCAACCCACAGAAAUACGACCUCUCUGAGAUAUACGGUUUAUGCCGGAAAGGUACGAAGUUGGACUAAUUUGGAAACAUUGGGCAAUUUACUUUAUACCUACUAUUCCGUCUGGUUUUUGGUUUCUAGUCUGAUUUUAUUAGUAGCUAUGAUUGGGGCUAUAGUACUGACUAUGCAUAGGACUACAAAGGUGAAAAGACAGGAUGUAUUCCGACGAAAUGCCUUGGAUUCUAGGAGGACUAUAAUGAGGAGGACGACUAUUCAGAACAGUAGGUGCAUUUCAUAAUUGCAUAAAAGGAGAGAGCAGCUUAAUGAGAGAAGUAGCAGUGAGGGCGCUAAGCAGGUGUCAAGUUAAUUGGUCUGAGAGCCAAGCCAGCUUUCAAGUAGUAAAAAGCAGGCAUUAAAGUAGGUGAGUAAGUCAAGUUCUCUAUAUGCUUGAAGCUGAUUACGCGCCUUUGUUGCCUUCUGUCUUCUUCCCUUUGGUAGUUCUGUUUCCAGCUGAGGAAUUGGAAUAAAUAAGUAAGGCUAACUAAAAGAGAGAAGAGGGUCUACAGUCAUUCUAUCUCAACACUGAAGAAUAAGACGUCUAUCCUUACUCUUGCAUUAAAUAUAAUAAUCAGAAAGGGAGGGGAGUAUAGAUAAUAUAAUAUAAGGAAGCGCCCAUGCAAGUUGAUUGUUGAAGCAGCAGAAAACAAAAUGAGCAGCACUGCGGAAAGGCUGAAGGAAAGGGACAUUGAAUGUCCUCCCGUAAUCCUUCGUCGAAACGUUAGGGAGGAAGAAUAAUAUAAGAGGGGGAGGCAUAAGGAAGGGCUGGUGCACGUGAAUCUAAACUAACUAUUUAUUACCGGAAGUGACACCCCUAUCCUCUAAUAGUAAUCGGGUGGGCACCUUUCAAAGCUAUAUUCUUUGUCAGAGGGAGAAGAAAGUUUCUGGAUUGAUUACAGGGCAAACAAAGCAUGCCCCUAGCAGCAUUUCAAGUGAUGCUUGGUACGAAUCUCGAGUAUAAUUCAGAGAAAUAGAGCGUAACUAAUAGUGUAUCAAGCAUCAAAGCAAGAAAGAAAGCUGUUCAAAACGGAAGGGAAGGUAUAGGGGUUGACAAGAGCAAGCUGAUAGCUUGAGAAAGAUAGUGCGCUUCAGAAGAUAUUAGUUGGAGAAGUAUGCCAGCUUGACCAAUAUUAGGCGUCUUCUACAGUCCUCUGUACAUAUGCUUAGAGAGGCUUCACCUAGGGGAGUAAUAUUAUCAUUCUGUAAGUAAGUAAAAGUCAAGUAGAAAGUAAAACUCAUAUUAAACCGUUGGAAACCACCAAAAAA